ACUUGUCUCCAGUGACAGGAGACAAUUACGCCCCACAAGAUAAAACUGCCACUUAGAGCCCAGGAGAGCUAAACCUUCCUGGCUUGGCCUAGGGGCUUGAGCGGAGUCAUGGGCUCUCCGGUCCUGACACUGUGCACUCUUCUCUGCCUGGUGGCUCACUUGGUUUCUGGCAGCCCCAUCAUGAGCCUAGACCAGUCUCCUCUAGAAGAAGAUGUGCCCCUCUUUGAUGAUGUUUUCUCAGAGCAAGAUGGUGUUGACUUUAGCACAUUGCUCCAGAGCAUGAAGAAUGAGUUUCUCAAGACACUAAACCUGUCUGACAUCCCCACGGAGGAUUCAGCCAAGGUAGACCCACCAGAGUACAUGCUGGAACUCUAUAACAAAUUUGCAACAGAUCGAACCUCCAUGCCCUCUGCCAACAUCAUUAGGAGUUUCAAGAAUGAAGAUCUGUUUUCCCAACCAGCCAGUUUUAAUGGGCUCCGAAAAUAUCCUCUCCUCUUCAAUGUGUCCAUUCCUCAUCAUGAAGAGGUCAUCAUGGCUGAACUUAGGCUGUACACACUGGUACAAAGGGAUCGUAUGAUAUACAAUGUUGUAGACCAAAGAAUUACCAUCUUUGAAGUGCUGGAGAGCAAAGGGGAUAAUGAGGGAGAUAGAAACAUGCUGGUCUUGGUGUCAGAGGAGAUCUAUGGAACCAACAGUGAGUGGGAGACAUUUGAUGUCACAGAUGCCAUCAGAGGUUGGCAAAAGUCAGGCUCAUCCACCCACCAGCUGGAGGUCCGCAUUGAGAGCAAACAUGGUGAAGCUGAGGAUGCCAGCAAUGGACGGCUGGAAAUAGACACCAGCGCCCAGAAUAAGCAUAACCCUUUGCUCAUCGUGUUUUCAGAUGACCAAAGCAGUGACAAGCAGAGGAAAGAGGAACUGAAUGAAAUGAUUUCCCAUGAGCAACUUCAAGAGCUGGACAACUUGGGCCUGGAUGACUAUUCCAGUGGACCUGGGGAAGAGGCUUUGUUGCAGAUGAGAUCCAACAUCAUCUACGACUCCACUGCCCGAAUCAGAAGAAAUGCCAAAGGAAACUACUGCAAGAGAACCCCGCUCUACAUCGACUUCAAGGAGAUUGGGUGGGACUCCUGGAUCAUUGCUCCACCCGGAUACGAAGCCUAUGAAUGUCGUGGUGUUUGUAACUACCCCCUGGCAGAGCAUCUCACACCCACAAAGCAUGCAAUUAUCCAGGCCUUGGUCCAUCUCAAGAAUUCCCAGAAAGCCUCCAAAGUCUGCUGUGUGCCCACAAAGCUAGAGCCCAUCUCCAUCCUCUAUUUAGACAAAGGCGUCGUCACCUACAAGUUUAAAUACGAAGGCAUGGCCGUCGCCGAAUGUGGCUGUAGAUAGAAGAGGAAUCCUGUGGCUUAUUUAAUAACUGUAAAUGUGUAUAUUUGGUGUUCCUAUUUAAUAAGAUUAUUUAAUAAGGGUGUACAGUACUAGAGGCUUGCUGUCUUCCAGAAAUGGACAGGUCAGUAUGUUGUAGGAAAUGCAUAUUUUGCUUUAUAGUUAAGUCCCUUUCGAUCUGUUUUCUCUUUGGACUUGCCAUUUCCUGGCAAUGCCACCUCCAUGUUGAUUCGAAAACAACCCCAAGGCAAAAUACAGUAUCAAAAGAUACAUACUUGUGUGUGUAUAUGAGUACAUACAUGAACUUAUGAACAUCUUUUGGUUCUGUGCAAGCAGAUUAUACUCACCUACAUGCAUGACCCACUCAAAUGUGUGUAUAUUAAAGGCCAAUGGCAUGUUCUCUGUUACCUCUUCUCUGAGUAGGAUUUAUGUCAAGAUAAUAUGCAUCAGGGAUUUAAUCAUCCUUGGAAGUAUUAUACUUCCUAAAUACUCUAGAAAUGUAAGUGUAGCUUUUGUCACUUGAGUUUCUGUGGUUGCUCAGAGACGCAGGGACUGGCAAAGGAUGUUUGAAGGGAAGGGUUAAUUGAUGUAGGAACCAAAGGGACUCAAGAGGUCUUGAAGGUACAACAGGAAAAAUGAGCCCAUUGGGGACCAAUGUGCCCCAGAAGGCAGCUCCUGGCCAAGGAAGGAAAACAGAAGAAACUGCAUGAAAUAUGCUCCUGAGACAAUAGGAAAGUAAGGUCAUGUGUACUGGCCAUUGCUGCUGCAGAGGAUAGAGGGGUCCCGAGGGCACCUGAAGGAAAGAAAGGAAGAAAGGGAAGAGGAUAUUGAUGCUAUCUUCAGAGGCUAUCCCUAGAUGUGUCUGUAACAUCAUAAACGAUUUUAUUUAAAGAAUUAAAUAUUUUGGACAAAAUAAAACUACCAAAGACUAAGAGGAGAUAAAUUAGAAGGGACCUGUCUGUUGGAAGAAGGGAUGUUAAUAUCUUUCUUCACCUGUUAACGCUGUUCCCUGUCCUCGCAUCCCUGCUUUUCUCUCUACUCCAUCCUCUUCCUUCCCUCUUUCUUCUUUGCCCUAGUGCCUCAUGUCUUCCUCCCAUGCCUGUGUCCCACUCUUCCCUGGCCUUCAUUACACAUGCUGUGAGCUGCAAAGGGGCACCUAAAUGCCUUCGCUGUCAGAGUGAAAGGAGUUCGUGUUUUAAUUUCUAAAUCUUCCUCUGAUAUUUAAUUUGAUUUUAUUUUAAUAAUAUCCUUUGUCAAAUGUUUUGUUCAUGAAGAAUACUUAUAUAUAAGAAAAAAGAAAACCAGAAUAAGUAAGUAUAAGAAAAAGAAAACCAGAGUCCAAAUGAAUGGAUGAAAAAAUAAACAAAAAAAUAAAUGGAUUUAUGAGUAGACGCACAACCAAAUGACUUAAAAGCUAAGGCUGAAUUUUGAAAUAAUGUUUGCUUCAUGGUAGAAACCCAGUAACGUUCCCAUCUUCUCAUUUUACCAUCGUCCCAUUUUGCAACUGGCCAGGACUGAAAGUAUUGGGGAAGUGUUCUGGACAGGAAGAGUCUGGUGGGUUUUCCUGGCAGGUGACAGGCUCCAGUCUUAACCUCCACCAUUUCCCUCUACCCGGCAAGCGGACCCUGGGCUUUGUGCAGGAGGAGCCAGAGCAGAGCAGUUUCCAAACCAUUCCAGCAUCUCCAGGCAGGGAAUGUUGAUGGUUCAUGUUAGAACCAGGAAUGUGGUUUCCAGGACAUCACCCCCCAUUCAUCCCUGCUCAUCUUAAGGAAUGUUUCCUUAAAAAGUCUGGCACCUCUCUUUUUUUUGGACCCUGGAAAACAAUCAGCCCCUUUUGCAAAUCUCUUAAGGUUAUAAACACAAACUGCACUAGACAAUAGAGACAAGGAAAACUAUUUGGAAGAACUUUUGCCCAAUUUGAACCUCAGCUUUCUAGAUCUAUUGUCCACUGAGUGAAUCCUGGGGAAUUCGUUGUUCCUGGAAGAGUGAUAUUUUGACCAUCAGUGGGUAUUCAGUGAUUGAUACCUUGAGAAAGUCAUGAUACUUUGAGAAAGUCAAUCACUAUUUGUGGAAUAGACUCCAUAUAACAUAAUGUGUGUGUGUUUGUGUGUGUGAUAUAUAGCUGGCUUUGGACAGCCACACUUAGUGCCCUCAGUGGAAUGUGGUACAUCCUUAAUACUCCAUGGUACACAAUGUAUACUCACAUACUCCAAGGUACUUCUUAUCCUUCCUAAAGGAUACUGUAAUAGAUACACAGUAAAACCUCAGCUGACCAGGAUAGUCCUGGUUAGAUAAAAAUUAAGCAAAAUUUUCUUUAUGUCUAAUACAUAUGACAGUAGUGUACUGGUAAAUGCCUUUCAACCAGCAAUCCAGGGUGGGAAAAAGCCCCGAUUUGUGGAUUUCAAUGCUGUAAAUGCUCUUACUAUAGUCUAUCUUGAGCUACCAAUGUGAUGUCAACUGGCUUGCAAAAUGAAAACUUAAGUCAGCUCUUGGGGGCUGUGCACUGGUGCUGACACACCGCUGACAUUUAGUAUCCCACUGACAUUAGCACACCGCUAACAUUAGCACCCUGAUACUAGAAUGUUAAGGAUGUGCCAGCCCUGCUUUCCACUAUGUGCGCUGCUGGCUCUGGGCUUCUGGAGCAAUCUUGUCUCGAGCACUUAUAGUCACUCUUCUGUUAAAGAGAUACGAAAAUAUGGGCUGUUGGCGAUGAGGCUUCGUAGCCCAGUUGUCUCUCUUUUUUCCCAUCCAGAUGUAAACCAGCAUUUUUAUUAUUGUCUGCUUCCCUGUGGAAAGGAAGUACAGAGAGCAACAUAUUGGUUAUUCAAAUGUUGCUAGCUGCAUUUUUUUUUGGCUUUCCUUUUAUCAGAAAGUGCAAAGACACAGCCCAUAGAGGAAUUCUCCCAGCUCCCACGGGGGUCCCUGGCUGCAUACCUGCAUCACUUCCAACUCACUGCAUUGACAGGAAGCCAGAAUAUCGUCAGAUCCUUAAAAGGGUAGAACCUUACUAAUGUUUCUCUUGUCAUAGACUUUCUGCUGGGUCCCAUGCCAAUCUUUUUUUUUUUUUUUUUAACCAUUUUAUGGCAGAAUUAUUAUUACCAAAGUUGAUAUAUCUCAACAACUCUAAAAGGGAAUUAUAGCAGAGGGACCUGGGCAGCCCACAGACAAAAUAUUCAUGUAAGAGUUUCUAGGCUUCCCACUAUUUAUUGAUUGAUAUAUUUAUUGUUGUAAUAUAUUGUAGAAUACCAAAUAUUUUAUUUUUAUGUCUGUGAUUCCCUUUUGGAUAGAGAGUCUUCUGGCUUCAGAGUAUGGCUUACGUAUAAUAUAUGGUCUGUAUUUCCAUAUCUCUUUUUUUGCAUCAGAAUGUUCUGUUGAUUUAAGGUAUCUUGCCAUAGCUUGCCAUAAUUUCGUGUAUUUGUGUCCUGCAGGCAUGCUGUGCCUACAAGCAUGCUUUGUAGUUUAUUUUCUGAUUUGUAAAUGGUACAAUUUUAACUGAAGUGUAGACAUUCCAGCAAAUAUUUAAUCAAUACAUUGUCAUGAAUUUCCAUCAAGUGAUGUUGUCAGUUUAUCACAAGAGGCAAAUAUUGUCAGGUUGUGAGAAAAUAUGAUUGCUACUCAGUAAAUGGAAAUACCAUUUAAAUGAAUCUUUUUAUCCCCCAAAGCUGGCACUUCCCCUCUGAAUUUACCUAUUGCCUUCACUAACCCAGAAAUUCAAGACAUAAUUGGUCAAAUUCAUUUGUAAUUGGAUCGAUUACUUUGUAAAUGUCAAAAAUGCUAGCUUAAUGAACUCUAAAAGAGUUUGCCCCAAAGUGCCUGAUUCUUUCCUGAUGCAUUAAUUUUGGUCUGGGAUAUUAAUAACAAAAACUUUAUUUUAUUUUAGAACUGUUACUAAAUGUUUCAGUAUUUGUUAUGAUUUAUAUUCUUCAAGUAAAAGAUAUUUUCAUAUAAGAGAAUUUUAUGUAUUACAUCUUAAUUCAUCAACAAACUAUAAAGCCAGCAGGGUUUUGGCCAACCCUUUUUAACUUGUCUGGAACACAGAAGGGAUGUUGCCCUUUUGAAGGACUGUAGAUCUUUUCAGAGUCGCUAUGGGCCAUUCUCAACCCUUUGCAGUUCUGCAAGCUCGCGUGUGGUGCAAGAGGAAAUGCUGCUAUGACUCUGUGCAUUUCCUUGCCCCUAGACAAGAACAGUUGAUUUCAUACAUUAAAUGGAAGGUAAACAUGACUAUGCAAGAGAAGCAUACAGGGGUGUUUCUGCAUGUGGACAUAUUUUUCAUUAGUUAAAAACCCCUCAUGGAAUAACUGUUUGUUAUGAUUAGCAUGUUUUUAUCACGCACGAGCACUGGUUUUGUAAGCACCUGGCUUAAUGGUAGUGGGGCGGCCAAUGUGCCAGUGCCCGCUGACUGAGCAUUCAUGAACGUUGGAAAUCCGGGAACACCACCGACACACCGAAUCAGCUGACGCACGUUCAUGUUCUUGGAUAAAACCUGUUCAUUAUCUAUGUCCAGAUUUGUAUAGUUAUCACCAGACUAAAAUGAAGAUGGAAAUAAAUAUUUUACCCUGUGUUCAUAAACCAAAUGUGUACAGAGUCUUUUCAAAUAAAAAAAAUAUUUUGAUGAUAGUUAUUUGCAGCUUAUUUUGCCUUGAGGUGAAAUAUUGAGUUUUGCACAUACCCCUCUUUCUCAUUUUUCUACUUGAUAACAUACCCAGAUGGAAUAAAACUAAUUGCUAUAUUAAUAGAGAAUGGUCCAAAGAAACCA